UGGCAACAGUCGGCGCCUACUCUUCAACAACACCAACAACGGGGCUCGCCGCGGCCGCACUCGACACAAAUCCCCAGUCCAUUCUUCCAACACCCCUGAGCAUCCUGACGCUCAAAAAAGGCCUGUCUACCCGCCCGUCGCCACGGUAGCCGGCCUGGUUGCAGCCUAAUCCUGUCCAUCCGCCACCCAUUCGCCGUACCACCUUUUGCGGGAGCUCGUCAUCCCCACCCUCCCGCCUGUACGUCUUCCGCGUUGCCCUCUCGCAGUCCAUCGACCCUUCUUCCCAUGUCUCCGACUGCAUCAUGAGGACGUGAGAAUGGAGAAUUCGUUAUCGACACAAGAGCAGCAGCUCUGCCAGCUCCUGGCAGAUCUGCCAGCCAGGUUCGGCUAUCGCUACAAUGAGGAGGCCUCGAGGGAGCUCCUGACGAGCUUGUUCUGGUCGCUGAGCGGUGGGAACCCCCAAAACAUGCGUCUUCUCUUCCCAGCCGGCAGACCUUCAGAGAGCCUGAAGCUUAGCGACGCCCAGGGGGCCGUUGAGGGCGCCGAAUACACUGACGCGGCCCGCGGGAAGCGAUGCGGCCACAUCUUCAAGCCCGGUGAGGCGUCCUACAUGUGCCGGACCUGCGGCACCGACGAGACGUGUUGCCUAUGCAGCAGAUGUUACGAAUCGACCGACCAUACCGGCCACAUGGUCCGCAUCCAUAUUUCGGUCGGCAACAGCGGCUGCUGCGACUGCGGCGACGAUGAGGCGUGGAAGUCACCGCUCUUCUGCACGAUCCACUCCGACAUGACCAAGGGCUCCGCCAAGGGCAAGGAAAAGGAGGCCGCUGGCCUGCCUGAGGAAGUUGUCUCGAACCUGCAAAUGACCAUCGGUCGGGUGUUCGACUACAUCUGCGACGUCAUAUCAUGUUCUCCUGAGCAGCUCCGACAAGCCAAGACUCACGAUAAGAUCAUCGAGGACGAGCUCAAGUCUCGCCUUUCCUCGAAAUACUACGGGGUGGAAGCAGAGCCGUGCGGCGACUUUGCUUUGAUCCUGUGGAACGAUGAGAAACACACAGUUCAAGAGGUCCAGGACCAGGUGGCUAGGGCGUGCGGAAAGUCAAGCGGAGACGCGUCUCGCGACGCCUGGGAGACCGAUGCCGUCGGGCGAAGCAUCUUGACAUACUCGGACGAUGUUUCCAAGCUUUUGCAGAUGGCCAAGAUCAUGGAAGCGAUUCGCGUUACCGUCACGAUCCGGUCAGCCAGAGACACAUUCCGCGAGCAAAUGUGCGGCACUCUCGUCGAGUGGUUGAGCGACAUCUCUGGCUGCAGCGUGGGCCACGACAGUGACAUACUCAGACAAACUGUGUGCGAACAAGUUAUGCGUCCCUGGCGUCAAGGAAGCCUCGCGACCCACACUAUGGGCCUCAUAGACGACGAGGACGAAGAUGAUCGGGACUUGGAUAGCCGAGCCCAUUUCCACAACGUGAACCCACGCUUCAUCCUAGCACUGCAGCGGGCUGCGGGAAACAGGGUCGACCUGGAGAUAGUCGGCGGCACCGUUCUGGAUAUCGACGACGAUGAUGACGAUGACGACGACGACGAUGACGAGGAGGAUGACGAUGCGGACAUGGACGAUGGCGAAGACGACACCCAUUCCGCUGCCAGCUCUGUCGCCGGCGAAGAUGAGGACGAAGACGAAGACGUCAUGAUGGUCGAUGCCAGGGGGGACGUGGCGGACUUGGGCAUGAACUGGAGUCAGCCUGAUCAAGCCUUGGAGGAAGACGAGGCGACCAUGGCGGGCUACCCGCCGCCGCCGCCUCCCCCUCCUGUGCAGGCGCAGGCGUCAAACCGGGAACGGGACGGCACACCAUCUGAUUCGGACACGGCGGAGCCGCUUAUUGCACCCGCGAUAUACGCCAAAGCCAACGUGGACAUUCCAAAGACACCGGGCAAGACGGAAAAAGUCACACCCAGACCCGGCAGGUAUUGGAUCGAAACGCCAGCAGUCUAUACACAGCGCGAGAAUGUGCCUCCCGCCGAAGACGUUUUCCAACGAGUCCGGCUCGAUUGGCUGCUGCUCUUUGAUUUGCGGAUGUGGAAGAAGGUCAGGAAUGACCUCCGAGCCCUGUACAUCUCAACCGUGGUUUCGAUACCAGAAUUCAAGCGGGUCUUGGCGCUCCGUUUUGCGAGCCUAUACACCAUUCUGGCGCAGCUUUACCUCGUAGGCGACAGAGAGCCAGACCACUCUAUCAUCAACCUAUCCCUCCAGAUGUUGACGACGCCAUCCAUUACUGCCGAGGUUGUCGAGAGGGGAAACUUCUUGAGCAGCCUCCUGGCAAUCCUUUACACCUUUUUGACUACCCGACAAGUUGGUCAUCCGUGGGAUGUGUCCCCCGAUGCCGUCCUGGCCUUUGAAAGCGGCUCUGUGACGAAUCGCCGAAUGUAUCACUUUUAUCAGGACCUCAAAUAUCUCUUUGGCUCGCAGCAUGUUCAGGAAAGGAUCAGAUCCGAGCCGCGGUACCUCAUGCAGUUUCUAGACCUGGUCAAGCUGCACCAGUGUAUUGGACCCAACGUGCGCGCCGUGGUCGAGCAUGUCGAGUACGAAGCCGACUCAUGGAUUACGGCCUCCCUGGUGACGCGCCAGAUCAACCUGCAAGCGCGGAAUCUUGCCGAGGCCUUCCGCGACUGCCCGGCCGACGAUAUCCAUCACCUUCAGCGCGCCAUCCGCUUCACUGCGAAGACGGUGAUUCUUAACUCCAUCGGGGCGGAGCGGGCCCGGUUCAAGCAAGGGGAGAUCAAGGAUGAAGUCAAAUUCAAGACCUUGACCGACUUUGAAUUUGACACGGAUGGGGCCUCGUACGAAGUCGUCAGGUUUGUCGUGGAAAAGGACCCCAUUAGCUUCCACCACGCCCUGCACUACACGCUCUCGUGGCUCGUCGAAUGUGCGCGCUCGCUUCCUGCGUCGAACCUGAAGUCCCUGAUGAGCUUCACCGUACAGGAGCUGCGGUUGAAGCCGCGCCUGAUGGGUCGACCGCAGGUCCCGAAACUGGAGCAGGAUCCGGAGGACCAUCUCAUAGCCGCCUUUGACUUCCCGCUUCGCGUGUGUGCGUGGCUCGCACAGAUCAAGGCCAACAUGUGGGUGCGGAACGGCAUCAGCCUGCGGCACCAAGCUAGCACCUAUCGCGGCGUUGGUCAGCGGGAUGUGUCGCAUCAUCGAGACAUAUUCCUUCUCCAAACCGCCAUGGUUGUCUGCAACCCCAGCAGAAUGCUCGCAUCUAUCAUUGAUCGCUUUGGGAUGGAUGGAUGGGUCAAGGGCUUGUUUGAGCUCAAGUCGGAGGCGCAAGACGACGCCCAGCACCUUGAUGUUGUCGAGGACAUGAUCCACCUACUCAUCGUCCUUCUCAGCGACCGAACAUCGCUGAUUGCCCCGGAAGACGAGCCCAACGCAAGAAUCCUCGCCGUGAGGCGGGACAUUAUCCAUGUCCUGUGCUUCAAGCCGCUAUCGUUCAACGAGAUUUGCAACAAGCUCCCCGAGAAGUACCAAGAACAGGAAGACUUCCACAGAGUCCUGGACGAGAUGGCCACGUUCAAGCCCCCUGAAGGGGUAUCCGAUGUCGGCACCUUUGAGCUCCGUCACGAGUUUAUCGACGAAAUCGACCCGUACAUUGCGCAUUACAACAAGAACCAACGCGAAGAAUCCGAAACGGCCUACCGGAAGAAAAUGGCCAAGAAGACCGGCAAGGCUAUAGAGGAUAUUGUGUACGAGCCAAAGCACCGCCCGAUUCCAUCCGGCCUCUUCCAGAAUCUCGGCCAAUUCACCGGCACCGGUAUCUUUGCGCAGGUCAUUUUCUACUCCCUCCUGUAUCCGCUCGUCGCACAGAAAUUCACCCCCACGGUACCUUUCACGAGGCUGGAGACGUUUCUCCAGGUCGUCUUACACCUUAUUUUGAUCGCGAUCCUCGAGGACAAGACAGAUGACAGUUUCGUGGCAACAGAUGGUCAGACCUCGUUUGUCCAUCUUGCCCUUACAAGACUUGCGCGCAGCAACUUCCUGCCCGAGGCGAGCAAUUCGAGAACCAUUGUGUCGCUGUUGCACCUCAUGUCCACCAAAGACGAGUUCAAAUCUGUCCAUCCCAAGAUUGCGCUCGUGCUCAAGCGCUUGAAGCAAAAACGACCGCAGUCCUUUGAGAUUGCGUUCACUAGCCUGGGCGUCGCCGUAGACCGCAUCAACACUGCGUCGCCCGCGAACACCUCGGCCGAAGAAGAACGCGAGCGAAGGAAGAAGGCCGCGCUCGACCGCCAAGCUAAGGUUAUGGCACAGUUCCAGGAGCAGCAGAAGCACUUCAUGGAGAAACAGGGCGGCAUUGGCUGGGGCUCUGACCUUGAUGACGACGACGACGACGGAGAUGUCAUGGAGCAGACAGAAGAGCGCAAACACAGCUGGAAGUACCCGGCCGGAACAUGUAUCCUAUGCCAAGAAGAAGCGGAUGAUCGUCGUCUAUACGGAACAUUCGCUCUUGUCAACGAAAGCCGCAUUCUCCGACAGACAAACUUUCAAGAUCCCGACCUCGUGCGGGAGGCAUCGCAGACACCCUGCAGUCUUGACCGGUCAGCCGAAGACAUCCGACCAUUCGGCAUCGCCCAUGAAAAUCGGAAGAUGGUGGAGAAGCUGAACCCGCAGGGAGAGGUGUUUCUUGCUGAGCGGCAGACCAUCGGGAAGGGCUACAAGGGCAAUUACUCCCGACCUGGCCCCGUAGCCAGCAGCUGCGGGCACAUGAUGCAUUUCCACUGCUUCGAGAUGUACUACGAGGCCACCGUCAGGCGCCACGGCCACCAGAUCGCCCGGCACCACCCGGAGGACACGCGGCGGAACGAAUUCGUCUGUCCCCUCUGCAAAGCGUUGGGCAACUCGUUCUUGCCGAUCGUGUGGAAGGGUCUGGAGGAGUCGUACCCGGGAUAUCUCCAGCCCGAGAGCACUUUUGCUGAGUUUCUGGAAAAGCAAAUGGGCUCGGCAUAUUGGCUAGGGGGAAGCAAAGCUCGGGAGCUGGACGACCCUGGCAUGCCUGAACUGAAGACGCCAAGCGUUCCCGGCAGUCUCGUUGAAUCUCUAGAGUCAGCACAGCCCGACUCCGAAGAAUCACGAUCUUGGACGAGCAUCUUCCCGUUUACGUCUAGGUCGCAGGCGCAAACACCAUCCGCCCCUUCGGUCAUUACCAGCGCGCCGAUGGCCAGCUCUGGCGGCACCGGCGAGAACGAAAGGGACACGACGACAAAGGAAGCGAUGGUCAAGGACCUCAUGGUUGCCUACCAGCGCCUUCGGGACACGCUGCGGGUCAACGGUCUCCAAACAAAGCACAUCAUGGAUGCGAAGCUCGACUACGGGUCUGACCUGCACUCGUCCGACACAUUGAUACAGACUGUUGGCUUCACGAUCUCGUCCGUGGAGCUCCAGCAGCGCGGCGUGGAGGCACAGGCGGGCGUGACGUUGCUCCAAAAGAUCCCCGAGCAGGUCUUGACGCACCUGCGGAUCCUCUCAGAGACUGCCUCGUCGUACAUGCUUGUGGGAAGCCGAUCGUAUGACGUGGACAACUUGGUCGGAAACGAGUUCCGCAAAGACUGCGAGAGACAGCACUGCCAGCUAUUCAUGUCCCGCUACUUUGGGGCAGGAUCUCCUGACUCGGCACGGCCAAUCGACCUAUACCCAGCGCUACUAAGCAUGGAUCCCUUCGUCUUCCUAGUGGAGUGCGCGUACGGCCUCGUUCCCGAUCAAAAGGUGGACAUUGCACACCUGGUUCAGCUGUGUUACCUGGCGGAGCUGGUGAAGGUGGUGUACCACAUGGGCCGGAACGCCCCCGUGGCCAUGUGGCUGGGGGGUCUCAAGAAUCGGCACACCAGGGACGCGUCCAUCAACAACUUUGCCGACUUUGCUCUUUUCGUGACCGAACAUGGAAUGACGUUCCACGCGGCCAAGGGUGCUGACGAGGUGGACCACGGCGAAAACGUAGGCUUUCAGCAGCCAGGGGUGGACACGCUGGAAGGUUGGUACACGUUUGUGAAGAAGUACGCGCUCACCUUCCUGCGCAAGACUCUGGUCUUUCUCUACGUCAAGUACGGCGUGGACUUCAACAGCCACGUGUCGCCCAUCCCGGAGGCGGACGAGCUGGACCGACUCACGGAAGCACUCCACGUACCGCCAUUUGACGAGAUGUGCGCGUCCCUGACGCACAACGCAUCGGCGUUUGGCUGGCCAGACACGACGCGGGAUCUGGUGUCUGGAUGGAUCAAGCACCAGGCCCUAUGCCCUCGCAAGCUGGGGGACAUGAACGCGUCGGCCGUGGUCAGCCAUCCGGGCAUCUUUGAGCUGAUAGGACUGCCAAAGACGUACGACACGCUGAUCGAGGAGGCGACGAGGAGAAAGUGUCCGACGACGGGCAAGGACCUGACGGACCCGGUGAUAUGCCUGUUCUGCGGGGAGUUGUUUUGCAGCCAGAGCACGUGCUGCCAGAAGCCGGACCUCGUCAGUGGCGAGACGACGAGGAUUGGCGGAGCGCAGCAGCACAUGCGCAAGUGAGUGGCGGCCACCCGAAGAUGUUGACGAGAAAGUCAUAGAGUGAGAGUGCUAACUUGAGACGCGCGCGCUCAGAUGCCAGCGGAACAUUGGGGUGUUUCUCAACGUCCGCAAAUGCUCGGUUGUGUACCUUUUCCGGCAAUCGGGUUCGUUCGCGGCGGCGCCAUACAUUGACAAGUACGGGGAGACGGACCCGCAGCUGCGACAUGGGCGUCAGCUGUUCCUGAACCAAAAGAGGUACGAUUCGAUGAUACGCAGCACGGUGCUGAACCACGGGGUGCCGAGCCUCAUCAGCCGCAAGCUGGAGGCGGAGAUCAAUAACGGAGGAUGGGAUACACUAUGAUUGUCUCGGAUGGGGAUGUCCGUGUGAUGCUAGACAGAGGAGGACGGAGAUAUCGUCUAGGUCAGGUCUGUAAAGGCCAUGCUAGAAAGGCGACGAGGUCCUGUCAAGGACGACGAGGACAUGGUGUGUUUAGGAGUACUGGCGCGUAUAAGCGCAACUAGGUGGGAGACGGCCUGGGGAAAUGGAAAUGAAUAUUUGUCAAUGACGAG